CUCGCCGCGAGCCAGAACUCUCCCGAGUUGGUUCUGUGAGGAAGGAAGAAGGUUCGCGCCUUCUUCGGCUGCUUCUUACGUCAAAGAGGAAGCCAAGGAGGAGAAGGGGAAAAAGAGCCGGAGCGGCGCGAUGUCGGCGGGAGAAGCGCCCGGCGGGGGCUGAGGCGGAGGCCUUUCGCCUGGGAAAGGCUCAUGACAGCAAGGAGGAGGAGAGAGGAAGAAGGACUUCGCCUCAGGGAGGCCGCUUUCCCCCCGAAGAGUUGAUUCUGAAACUUCCCUCGGCCUUCAUUCCCCCCCCGCCUCUGGGUUAAGACUUGGCGUGGAAGCCUCUUUCCUCUUUUGUGUUGUGGAAACCUCCAAUCAGGCAUUUCUUCCCCCUCUUUCCUUGGAUGAAGAUUGUGUUUCUCUUCCUGUUUACUUCCCCCCUUUUUUGGGGGGCGUCGGAUCAAAGCUUUUUAAAAAUUAAUUAAUUAAUCAAAGUGUUUAAUUAAUUAAGCUCCCCCUUCCUUCCUUCCUUGUGCCAGAAAUCGUGGAUUAAGAGUAUUUUGGAAGAUUCCCCCCCCCCCCACCCCUAAUUUUUUCCCUCCUUGGAGUUUGUUUACCUUUUUUUCCUUGCCCCUUUUUUAUGGGGUGUCGGAUCAAGAAUCUCUCUCGUUUUUGGAAGCCUUUCCUCCCUCUUUUUUUGGGGUGUUUGGGGUCCGAUUCAGAGCUUCCCUCCUUCCUUAAAGGGGUCGAAAUUCCUUGGAUUUACAGCAGCCUCCCCUUCAAUUUGGAAGAUUAAGAGACAUUGUAUUCUCUCCCUAAAUUCGGAAUAGUUUCUCCUGCUCCCCCACCCCUCGGAUUAAGUGUCUUUUUUCCUCGUGGAUUUAUUAUUAUUGUUAUUCUUGGUCUUCUGGCUCCUCCUGGGUUUUUGUUCCUUUCCUCCUCUUCCCCCCUCUGGUGAGAUUCUAUGCUCCAAGGGAAGAAGGGAAGCGGUGGCGGUGGGGAUCAGCAGCACCAGCAGCAGCAACCCCACGGCGGCGGCGCCCCCUUCGCCUCCCCGGCCAUGUCCACGGCCACGGCGGCUGCGGCGGCGAUCUCGGCCGCGGAGAAAGUGGACGGCUUCACCCGACGGUCGGUGCGCAAGGUCCAGAAGCAGAAGCGCUCGCAGGGCUCGUCCCAGUUCCGGACCCAGAUCAGCCCCGUCGAGCUCCUCCCGCUGCCCCAGCUCAAAGAUGCCACCACAAAUGAACAGCAAGAUCUCUUCUGUCAGAAAUUACAGCAAUGUUGUGUAUUGUUUGAUUUCAUGGACUCUGUUUCUGACUUGAGGAAUAAAGAAAUAAAAAGAGCAACACUGAAUGAACUGGUGGAAUAUGUUUCAACCAAUCGUGGUGUGAUUACCGAAUCAGCAUAUUCUGACAUAGUGAAAAUGAUUAGUUCUAAUAUCUUCAGAACACUUCCACCCAGUGAAAAUCCAGAUUUUGAUCCAGAAGAGGAUGAACCUACGUUAGAAGCUUCUUGGCCCCAUAUACAGCUGGUGUAUGAAUUUUUACUAAGAUUUUUAGAGAGUCCUGAUUUCCAGCCUAGUGUUGCCAAACGUUAUAUUGACCAGAAAUUCGUACAACAGUUGUUGGAGCUGUUUGAUAGUGAAGAUCCACGAGAGCGUGACUUCCUAAAAACUGUGCUUCAUCGAAUUUAUGGCAAAUUCCUCGGAUUAAGAGCAUUCAUCAGAAAACAAAUCAACAAUAUUUUUCUCAGGUUUAUAUAUGAAACAGAACAUUUCAAUGGUGUUGCUGAGCUCCUUGAAAUACUAGGAAGUAUUAUCAAUGGUUUUGCAUUGCCACUAAAAGCAGAACAUAAACAGUUUCUUAUGAAGGUUCUUAUUCCUAUGCAUACAGCAAAAGGAUUAGCUUUAUUUCAUGCACAGCUGGCCUACUGUGUUGUUCAGUUCCUGGAAAAAGAUAUGACAUUAACAGAGCCGGUUAUCAGAGGAUUGCUCAAAUUUUGGCCAAAAACAUGCAGCCAAAAGGAGGUCAUGUUUUUAGGUGAAAUAGAAGAAAUCCUAGAUGUAAUAGAACCGACACAAUUCAAAAAAAUACAAGAGCCUCUCUUUAAACAGAUAGCCAAGUGUGUGUCAAGUUCACAUUUUCAGGUUGCAGAAAGGGCAUUGUACUUCUGGAAUAAUGAAUACAUACUUGGCCUGAUUGAGGAGAACAUAGACAAAAUCUUGCCAAUUAUGUUUGCCAGUUUAUACAAAAUCUCCAAAGAGCACUGGAAUCCGACCAUUGUAGCUUUAGUAUAUAAUGUGCUGAAAACACUUAUGGAGAUGAAUGGAAAACUGUUUGAUGAACUCACAAGCUCUUAUAAAGCAGAAAGACAAAGAGAGAAAAAGAAGGAGCUAGACCGUGAAGAACUGUGGAAGAAGCUGGAAGAAUUAAAGUUAACGAAAGCUCCGUCUGACCAGCUGAGUAAUGCAUCCUCCGUUUCCAAUGCAACAAAUGAAAAAGUGCCAAAUGAGAGCAACAGCCUCGCUUUGUGAGGCAUACCUUUUAUAUACAAGAGUUUUUUUAAAUAUGUAAAAAAUACAAAAGAGAGACCUCAACAGUAUAUUUGAAAUGGCCAAUGUUUUUCCUCUGGCAAAAUGUAAAUGGAAAUUUUUGAACUGAAAUACAAUAAUUGAAUGUGACAUUAUUUACCACAGCAUAUUGUAAAUUUGUCUAAUCAUUGCUAUAUUGUCACUUCUGACAUUUCACAGAAAUGAAUUCUAUCAUUCAUGAUGUGUGUGAUUUAAUUAUGGGAGUGGUGAAAAUUAUGACUUGAAUUUUUUUAAAAUUGUGUUGCACAUAGGCAUAGAAGUCAACUAUUUACAUUUUCCCCAUGUGCUUUUCACAUUACUGCAAGCUUUGGCUAAGAUUCUGAAAGAGACUUCUAUACUAUCACUGUAUUUCUUCAAAUGAAACCAAGGCUGUUGAUCUAUGCCUGAAACGGUGGGAGUGGGCUUCAUUUAACUUAAUGAAGUUUGCUUCUGAGUAAAGGUGCAUAGGAUUUGGUUGCAAUUGUGCCUGGAUGAGAUGUUCUCCCAUUUAUCCAUUACACAUUUGAAAGCUAUUGGUGCAUAGAGUUUUCAGAAAGCAAAGAGACUAUGUUUCUCUUCUGAUGUCACAAAAAUGAUUACUGUUGGUCGUGGGGUGAGUCUAUAUGCCUUGCUCUCUCCUAUAUAUUCCCAACACUAUUCUUGGAGCCUGCACAUACACACAUAUGUUGGUGACUGAACAACUGCGUCAGGGAACCUUUUCUGCUUGAGUAGACUCCUGAUGAAAUUUAGGAAUCUGGAAGAUUGGGGUUCUAUGUGGUGUAAGCAAACAGAGACUCUUGGUUGCAGUUCAUCCCGUAGUGUGCAAGUGGCAGCAAGAAUAGCUAUGUGUUCAGAGAAAGGUGUAGGUUUAUUGUUUCAGCUAAGAGACACAAAAUGAGAGGUAGCAUAUGUGAACGCCACUUAAAUGUUGGGGAAUCAUCAGCUUUGACUCCAGGAAUGCCUUGCUCCCAUAAGCCCUCAUGUGUUUUUUUACCAUUUUAUAACAGAGGACAAGAACCUAUCAAUGAAACUCAUAAUUUCAACCAUUUUUAUUAAGCUUGGCAGGUUUGCUUUCUACCUGGCUCAAGAUAGUCCAGCCAUUCACUAAAAUCUUGAAUUGUGCAAUUCCAUUCAGGCAUCAAAACAUCUUUGCAACAAUACAGUUCCUUGCUCCGUUUCAAGGAAAAUACAAUGUACUUAACAUGGCAAAAAUGGCACUAGAGGUUUUGUCUGUUUUUACUAGAUCAGGUCGGAUGUUUUCUAUCAGAAUACCAUUCCAGUCUCUAUUGCAAUUGUGCAGAAAAUGGUUUUGUAUUGAAAGACUGAGGGAUUGAAAAGCAUUCAAUAAAAUCUUUAUGUUUGUAA